CCAUGUUUCCCCGCGUUCGGUACCAUUGUUCUCCCUGUCAAUGGACCGGUACUAGCUAGGACAGAAGUCUGAAUGGAACCAUUCGAGCAAACAAGACUGGCAGGGACUCAUGCAGAUAGCAACGAUCAGCGGGGUUGGAUAUAAACAACCGUGGGCGUCCAUUGAAUAUGUAGUCACUAGAGUCACGCCCAUCAUCUCCGCUCGUCUCUUCCUCUAGCAGAUCAGUGGCAUCGGGAAAAGGGAAAGCGAAUCCACAACCAUGGGCUGUAAUCUCAAGCUGAUGAACAGCGACGAUCGCCACGCUCUUGAGUCAACGACGCCGACGACAACAAAGACUGUCUCAUGGCUAAAGGAUCCCGGCCUCAGGCCCCUCAACUUCGGUCUCUUUUUCCUCCUCUUCGGCGAUGUCGCGCACGGGUUUGACGGCUCGCUCAUCAACAAUUUGCAGCAGAUCAAUCAAUGGCAGGAAGACUUUGACCACCCGCAGAAGAGCAUCCUCGGCGCACUCAGCGCAUCAUAUUGGGUCGGCAACAUUCUCGGGGUUGUGCUCAUUCCACUGGUCGCCGACCGCUUCGGCCGCCGCUUUGCCAUCGCCGUGGGCUCGUUCCUCUGCGUCGGAGGGGCCGCCAUCUGCGCCGCAACCACCAACACCGGAGCUUUUGUCGCCGGCCGUAUUCUCCUCGGCAUGGGCGGAGUCAUGUGCUCCUCUGUCUCGACGGUGCUCAUGACUGAACUGGCGUACCCAGCACACCGGGCGACGGCGACGGCGCUCAGCAGCACGACCUACAGCGUCGGUGCCAUCCUCGCCGCGUGGGUUGCCUUUGGCAGCUUCCGGAUCCAGGACACAUGGGCCUGGAGAACACCGACGUUGAUUCAAGCGGCCCCGUCAGCGAUGGUGCUUUGCGGUCUCUUGUUUCUUCCAGAAUCGCCUCGAUGGCUUUGCAGCAAAGGCAAGGAGCAGACGGCGCUCGAAAUCCUCACCAAGUAUCACGGCGCCGGCAACGUUGACGACGUGGUCGUGCAGCACGAGUAUGCUGAAAUCCGCGAUACCAUCGAGGCCGAGAUCUCGCAGAACAAGCACCCGUUCCACCUCAAGGCUCUUUUCGCGACGCCGGGCAACCGAUGGCGCUCCUUCAUCAUUAUUUGGUGCGGGAUUUGUAAACAAUGGAGCGGCAACGGGCUGAUCUCAUACUUCCUCGGAUCCAUGCUAAAGAGCGCCGGCAUCACGAAACAAAUCGAGACAACGCUCAUCACGGCGACCUCGCAGAUGUUUAGCUUCGCGUGCUCGUUUGCCUUUGCGUUUCUUCCUGCCCGAGUCGGUCGUCGACCGUUGAUGUUGGUCAGUAUGGCUGGAAUGUGGGUUGUGUUUGUCGUCAUCACUGCCACCACCGGAGCGUAUGUCGAGACGGGCAACCGACACGCCAGCUUCACCACUGUUGCCUUCAUCUACUUGUACAGCGGUGUGCACAACCUAGGAUGGACGGGCGCGCAAAUGCUAUACAUCGUCGAGAUUCUCCCCUAUACCAUCCGCGCUCAGGGCAUGGCCAUGUUUUCUCUCGUGGCGGGUAUCUGCGGAGCUUUCAACACCUACGUAAACCCGCUUGGCAUCGCGGCCAUGUCCUGGAAAUUUUACCUUUUCUACGUCGGCUGGAUCAUCGUCCAGUUCGUUGUCGUGUACUUGGUGUUCCCGGAGACCAAAGGACCUAGCUUGGAGCAGAUCGCCCUGCUCUUUGAUGGAGACGAUGCUCAAGUUGGCAGGGUCAAUGCGGUGGCAGACAAGAUGCUCGAUGAGAAGGGCGGCGGUGUUACUGUGAAGGCGCGAGAGAACAGUAGUUAGUUUCCAGACGUUGAAGCUCACUUGAUUGGCUGAAUCCAUAUAAUCGGAGGGCUGGUUAGCUUUGCCUGUUACUGGCCUAUCUGCAUCCCCGUACAUCAGAACGUGGCCUAGUUCAUUUGACGCCUCUUUUCGUC